AUGGCGCCCAAUCAGCCAGCGAAUUCCUUCCGCUCAGAGUGGCGAGGUGGAAGGGAACUAGAAGAUUGCCAAAUCAGAGAGCUUCAGGCCCAAUCCCAUAACGGUCACUGUGCCCUACAGUCUUUUGUGAAGGGCACUUGGAAGAAGUGUGCAACUUGGGUUAAGUGUGGAUCAAGUGGGGAAAAAGGACAUGAUAAAUUUAUGCACAUGGGAAUCUGGACACCCUACACACUCUCACCCCUGGCCGGGAAUGCGCAAUCGAAGAGUGCAAGUAUGGAAGUAUGUUUCCAUGCGGAAAUCGUAAGGGAUGACUCCAACGGACUUCCCAUCGUCCACCACGAGAAGCGUGUGUGUGAUCUUCCGCCCAACCACAGAUUUCCAAUGGGAAAGUUCCCCUGGGUUUUACAGUUUGUACUACAAGACCAAGUUAUCACAGAACAGCAGGUGUGGGUCCCUGAAAUGGCCUCGAAAGACUUGCUUAGUUGUGUUCACACUGAGGAUUACCCGAACAAAUUCAUCAGUGGGAGGAUAAAUGAGGAGCAGAGGAGGACGACGGGAUGUCCCUGGAGCAAGGGUAUAGUGAGAUGUUGUCGAUAUGAGACAGGUGGGACUGUUUUAGCCGCUCAGGUAGCUCAGCAGAGGGGUCUGGCUUGCAGCACAGCAGGAGGAACCCACCACGCAUUUCCCAGCUACGGCUCUGGGUGUUGUCUCCUCAGUCACUUAGCAGCUGCAGCCAAAUAUCUGAUGAGCAACUCUUCCAGCAAACGGAGGAUUCUGAUCGUGGAUUUAGACGUGCAUCUGGGUGAUGGCACUGCUUUUAUAUUAGAGGAGCCAUCUGUGUUUACGUUCUCAGUGCAUUGUGGGAAAAAUUUCCCCCUCUGCAAACAGCAGAGUGACCUAGAUGUAAGUGUGGAGUACCUCUCCACAGUGGAAGCCCACCUACCAUGGCUUCUGGACACUUUUCGCCCAGAUUUGGUUUUAUAUGAUGCCGGCGUUGACCCUCACUGGGAGGAUGAGCUUGGGAGGCUUUCUCUGACGGACCACAGGCUUCACAACAGGGAUCUUUAUGUGAUGAAGGCAGCAGUGAGCAGAGGGAUUCCUGUUGCUACGGUUAUCGGCGGAGGGUACUCCAGAGAUAUGGACAAACUGGCCCUCAGACACUCCAUCGUCCACAGAGCAGCUACUCAGGUAAAGAAAACCCUCGUAUGAAUAAAACCUUCAGCUCUGAAAUCAAUUGUCAGAUUAGAUAAGUAAUUAUUGCAUUUUUGUUCUGCUUAUUUCAGGUUUGGAGGGAAAUGUAAAACCUUUAUUUGCCUGAAUCAAGAGGACCCUUGAAGGAUUGAUUAAUAUUAUAUAUAUAUAUACAUACACAUCCAUUCUUAUCGUGAGAACGUGUUGUUCCAUUAGUAUUAAGAUGAUAAAAACUGCUGCCACUUAGCAGUCGGAGGUUAACUUGCACCAAACAAAAGAGAUAUAGCAGACAUUUAAAUGUAAAUUCCCAGUAAAAUAAAAGAUGCACUGGUUUUUAUAUCAAUUCAGUAUCAUAAUACAAAAUAUCUCAGUGUAUUAAUAGUUUCUUACAUCUCUAGUCAUCGGUUUUGUAAAAACAAUGAAACCAAAUUGCUAACCCGCGCUAGCUUUAUGAGAAUAGAAGACGAAAAGAGGUUAGAGGACAAUAUCGGAGGUAUUAUGACUGCAGAUGUGUUUCUGCCAUUAAAAAUGUGUUUUUGAUUAAAUAAAAGAAGGAAUUAUUUUAGACAGAGCAUCUCAACUCAUGGAUCACAACCCAAACCACUGUGGAAGCAACCAAAUAAGCUUUAAAGCACAAAGCGGACCUCUCCUGCAUCAGUCACCUCAGUAUGAUCAGUUUUCAUUCACUGAAUAAAAAGCUGAAGCAGUAAAACCCACAUGCACAAAGGAAAGCUAAAGCUCUGCAAAUCAUCACAAAGAAAUUAUUUGGAUGUCUGUGAGCUCCAAUCUUCGAUCGCAAGUAUUACAAGUCAAUUGUAUUUAGAUUACAUUUUUAAAUUCUACACCAUUGCAGUACAAAGAGACAUUUACAUGUGAAAUUUGCAUUUCUUAACUUUAAACACGCAAUAAUUUAGAUUAAAUACAAAGAAAAAUGUAAUAGUGUGGCUUUGAGCUGGUGACUAUGGUUGCCCAUCACUCAGCAUCAGUGCUUUCCGAAGUAUUUCACUAUUACUUAUGUAGUAUUACCCCAAAACGAAUAUAAGCAGUACAGACUGAUGUGGUUUGUU